AAACACUUGCUGUCAAUUGUAUUUUCCAAAUCAAAACAUUGAUGGUGUGAAUUACAAUUUCGUGGAUACUUUUUCCGUUCCGUACAAUCAUGUCUACGACACGCGUUAAAACGAGAGAAACCAAAACGGGAGAAAUCAUUGCGUACAGUGAUACUGCCAUACGAAACAAUGCAUCCGCCGUGGAGUAUUGCCGAACCUCCAUGGCAGCAUUAUCAGGAAGUACCGCAGGAGUUUUGGGACUUACCGGUGUGCUAGGAUUUCUCUUCUACGUGCUUGCCGUUCUAGGCCUGUGGCAGAUGCUGCUGUUGAAAUCAGGAUCUAAUUGGCAGAAGUAUUUCAUCAGCAGGAAGAGCCUUCUCACCCAUGGGUUUCUGAGCGGUUUGUGCACCUACGUACUAUUCUGGACGUUCCUGUACGGUAUGGUGCACGUGUACUGAGCGAAUGCAUGCUUGAAUCACGUACGCAAUGGGUCACGGGGUAAACCUAAGCUUAUACUUUGGUAAAUUAUUUUAUUUCCAAAUACACAUACCAUCUUUUACCGAC